CAGGUGGAGGAGGCUCGACCAAUAAGAGCGUGCCUCCUCUUCCGGGUCCUGCCACGCUCUUAAAGGGACAGCCGGUGUACGAGCGCAGACCCAUCGAGAUGUCUGGCCCCGGCUCUCCAGGUCACAACUGGAACCGGAAGCCGGAGGACGAGGAGGACCCUUUGGACCAAAUGAUCUCGCGCACGGGCUGUGCUGCCUUCCACUAUGCCGUCCAGGAGUGCAUGGCUGAGCACCAGGACUGGAGGAAGUGCCAGUCGCAGGUGCAGACGUUCAAGGAGUGCAUGAAGGAACAUCAGACGCGGCGCAUGGAGGAGCUGAAGAAGCGGCAGCAGUUGGCCCAGGCCGGAGAAGAGGCCGGAGCCUGAUGCUCAAGAGACCCAACGUCAACAUCUGAUCCGCCAGAGCGGGGGAAAUUUUAACUCCUGAAACAUGCUGCUGACUCCAGGAGGGGUAAAAUGCUUUGCCCCCAUCAUCAGGAGCUGAGUUGAUGAAAUGGCCCAGAAUACUUUUAUAGUGGGGAAUCCUGGGUGAAAUUGCAUUUAAUUGUGGGGGUACAAAUUAAAUGUGGAUUCAGUUCU